AUCUGUUCCAGGAAGAGGAGGAUUCCUGUAGCGAUUAUGGCAGUCGUGACAAACCAGGAACUGCUUUAGGAAGGACUGUGCCAGAUGGGAAUGUGCUUUUUCCAGAUAUUUUUCAUACCAAUCAUCUUUUGUUUUAUGAGCGAUUUAAAGCUUACCAGGAUUACAUCUUGGCUGACUGCAAAGCUUCUGAAGUGAAAGAAUUCACAGCUGAGUACCUGGAGAAGGUCCUUGAACCAUCUGGAUGGCAGGCGGUCUGGCGCACUAAUGUGUUUGAGGUCCUUGUUGAGGUUGUUGAUGUGGAGUACUCUGCUCUGAAAGCAGUUGUGCAACUCAGUGAGCCUUUCCUGUGCGAGUCACGGGAUAGCACCUUUACCUUGGAGUGCAUGCAGGAACUCUUGGAGCUGAAGGAGCGUCAGAUACCACUGCAGGAGCUGUGGGUUGUGUAUGAUGAGUCGGGAGAAUUUGACCAGACAGCACUAGCCAUAGAGCAUGUCAGGUUCUUCUACCAGUGCAUCUGGAGGAUCUGGGACGAGGAGGAGGAGGAUGAUUUUGAUUACUUUGUGCGAUGUGUUGAGCCUCGACUGAGACUGCAUUAUGACAUCCUUGAACACCGUGUGCCUUCUGGGCUUGUAGCUGAUUACCAGAACUUGUUGUCUCAGUGUGAAGAGCUUUACAGGAAUUUUUUAAAUGUGAGGAACAGCAUAUCAAGCAGCGAUUCGGACUCAGAAGUAGAAAACGUCUCUAUGGUGGAAGGGAUAAAAUUGUAUGAGAAAAUAGACCACUUGAAACAAAAGCUAAAACUAAUUGAGAAUCCUCUGCUGAGGUAUGUGUUUGGUUACCAAAAAUACAUUGGUCUCCAAGCUAAAGGACUGAGACCAACGGGUACCAAGAUCACUCAUGUUGUAUCCUCAACCAUGAUGGCAAGUCUGCUGCAGUCACUGAUAAGGGACAAACUUUGCCCUGAAUCUUGUGGUGAAGAACUAGAAAUACAGUUUCACAAUGAUCCACUGGCAGCUGUAAAUGCCUGUUAUGAAGGAGACACAGUCAUCAUCUGUCCUGGUCAUUAUGUUGUAGAUGGCGUAUUCUGCAUUGCUGAUUCAAUUGAACUAGAAGGCUAUGGCCUGCCAGAUGAUAUCGUGAUAGAAAAACAAGGGAAAGGAGACAACUUUGUGGACUGUACAGGAGCCAAUAUAAGGAUCUCCAGUUUGAAGUUAGUGCAACAUGAUGCUGUGGAGGGGAUUUUAAAUGUCCAUCAGGGGAAAACCACCCUGGAGAAUUGUGUGUUACAAUGUGAAACUACAGGCAUAACAAUACGAACAUCAGCUGAGCUGCUAAUGAAAAACUCAGAUUUGUAUGGUGCCAAGGGUGCUGGUGUGGAAAUAUAUCCAGGUAGUACGUGCACCCUGUUAAACAACGGCAUACACCACUGCAAGGAGGGAAUACUUAUAAAGAACUUUUUAGAUGAACAUUAUGACAUGCCCAAGAUAACCAUGGUCAAUAAUGUGAUCCAUAAUAAUGAAGGAUAUGGUGUGGUCCUGGUUAGACCAGCAGUGCCCUCUGAUGUAAAGGAUGCUUCAGCAGAGAGAACAGGGAAUACACAUCCUACCCAGUCAGGUGAUGGGACAGCCUGUGUAGAGGGCUUCAGGCAAGAACAACUACCUGAAUGUGUAACUGAUGAGUUGGUGCUUUAUGAGCAAGCUGAGAUUUCUGAACAAACUGAAGGCAAUUAUGAAAUUGCAAAUGAACUCGGGGCUACCUCUGCAAAGAAGAGCCAGAUGCACAAGAAAAGACUGAGUGAACUGGGAAUCACAGAAGCUGAUGACAACUUAAUGUCACAGGAAAUGUUUGUUUCUAUUGUGGGCAAUCAGUUCAAAUGGAAUGGGAAAGGAAGUUUUGGUACCUUUCUUUUCUGA